AUUGCUAUAGGAAAAUGAUGUCAUAAUUUGUGCUGCUGGCAGAAUAGUAGUGCAGAGGUUAGAAAAGGGAAACAAUACAGUUGUCGUCAUCAUGGCAGACCCUUGGAAAGAGUGCAUGGACCACUGCCUUGAGGUGACCAAAGAGGCUGGGAAGAUGAUCCAAGAAGCGUUGCAGAAGGACAUCUCCAUCAUGCAGAAGAGCUCUCCUGUGGACCUGGUCACUGAGACCGACCAGAAGGUGGAGCAGCUCAUCAUCUCCUCCAUCAAGGAGAAGUUCCCCACACACAGUUUUAUAGGUGAAGAGUCUGUAGCGGCGGGAGCAACCAGCAACCUAACUGAUAAUCCCACCUGGAUCAUCGACCCCAUUGAUGGCACCACCAACUUUGUCCACAGAUUCCCCUUUGUCUCUAUGUCGAUUGGUUUUGCUGUGAAGAAAGAGAUAGAGUUUGGCAUUGUCUACAGCUGCCAAGAGGGCAAGAUGUACACAGCACGGAAGGGGAAAGGGUCAUUCUGUAAUGGAGAACCCAUCAAAGUGUCUGAGCAGGAAGACAUCACCAAGUCCUUGGUCCUGACAGAGAUGGGCUUUAAGAAGGAUCCAGAGCACUUCAAAACCAUGAUGGGCAACAUCGAGACAAUCCUCACCAUCCCCGUGCACGGCAUCCGCUCGCCGGGUAGUGCGGCAGUCAACAUGUGCCUGGUGGCGUGCGGAGCGGCUGAUGCCUACUACCACAUGGGCAUACACUGCUGGGACAUGGCUGGAGGAGCUGCCAUCAUUAGAGAGGCUGGGGGUGUCAUCAUGGACAUCUCAGGAGGCCCAUUUGACCUGAUGUCCAGGAGGCUGAUCAUUGCCAGCAGCAGAACCAUCGCAGAGCGCAUCUCUCAGGUGAUAAAAGCAUUCCCCGUAGGAAGGGACGACAUCGAGGGAUAGAGUACCAUCACACACACAUGCAUGCACAGAGGGACUGACACAUGGCUGCAGGUGCAUGCGCACCCAGCAGAACACACAUACACAUGUUUAGAUUAGUCAGGUCAAGAUCCUCUCUGCGCCUUAAUUGUUAAACUGGUGGUAUUAAUCUUUCUCUGAAUGCACCUCAGUGGAUUUGCAAAAACCUAUCAAUGAAGACCAACUUUAUUCAUUUAAUUGACUGUUUGCCCCUCAAGGGCUUUGACUUGCAUCUCAUUUUCUGGGGGCAUUUAAGUGAGGACAAGAUUAGAAAAUGUGGUCAUUGUAGACCAAGACAUGUUCUGUCUCAAUCAUACACCACAUGGCCAAAGGUAUGUGGACAUACCUUCAAAUUUGUGGAUUUGUUUAUUUUAGCCACGCUCAUUGCUGACAAGUGUUUAAAAUCAAGCACACAGCCAUGCAAUCCCCAUAGACAAAUAUUGGCAGUAAAAUGGCCUUCCUGAAGAGCUCAGUGACUUUCAACGUGGCACUGUCAUAGGAUGCCAUCUUUCCAAUAAGUUAGUUUGUCAGAUUUAUGCUCUGCUAGAGCUGCCCAGGUCAACUGUAAUUGCUGUUAUUGUGAAGUGGAAACGUCUAGGAGCAACAUCGGCUCAGCCGCGAAGUGGUAGGCCGUACAAGCUCACAGAACAGGACCGCUGAAGCACGUAGCGCGUACAAAUCAUCUGUCUUCUGUUGCAACACUCACUACUGAGUUCCAAACUGCCUCUGGAAGCAACUUCAGCACAACAACUGUUCGUCAGGGGAGCAUCAUGAAAUAGGUUUCCAUGGUAGAGCAGCCACAACACUAGCUUCAGAUCACCAUGUGCAAUGCCAAGCGUCGGCUAGAGUGGUGUAAAGCUCGCCGCCAUUGGACUCUGGAGUAGUGGAAAUGUGCUCUCUCGAGUGAUGAAACACGCUUCACCAUCUGUCAAUCCGAUGGACGAAUCUGGGUUUGGCGGAUUCCAGGAUAACGAUACCUGCACCCAAUGCCUUAUGCCAACUGUAAAGUUUGGUGGAAGAUGAAUAAUGGUCUGUGGCUGUUUUUCAUGGUUUGGGCUAGGCCCCUUAGUUCCAGUAAAUGGAAAUCUUAACGCUACAGCAUACAAUGACAUUCUAGACAA